UUUCUUUUCUCCGAGGAGGUGACACGCAUCAGUUAUUUCGUGCAGCAGGUGCCGAUCGAUUUCACGCCAUAUUUAUUAUCGCUGCCCACGCCCGAUUGACUCGUUUAAAUUGAUGGCGAAAUUACAUGAGACACCAUUCAACAUGUCGAAUUACAACUCACUGGUAGUCGCCAUUUGGCUGUUUUAUUUCUAUUCAUUUAGAAUUGGAAUUGAUGGCUACUCGACGGCAACCAAUUCAGAUGUGACGCGAAAUGGCAACGAAACGGACGACGUCGACAAAAUUGUUGGAGGUGAAAUGGUCCGCAGGGGAGACCACAAAUACAUGGUUUACAUCGAAUUCAAUAACAAAUACGUCGGCUGUGGCGGGACUUUAAUUAGCGACCGGCACGUCCUCACUGCGGCCCAUUGCCUCAUGGAUCCCGACACGGGGGUGGUGGAUGAUAAGGAAGAACUGUUUUUCAAUGUGUACACCAUAGAGCCGAUGGAUCCUUCCGCUAUUAGACGGACCGUCUACAAACGGAAUUAUCGAAUCCACUCGCAAUACGAUUACCGUUCACCUGCGAAAGGCUAUGACAUUGCCAUUUUGAAAUUGAAUCCUCCACUGUCAAGUUCCGACAUGUCCAAACUGGACAAAAUCCGCCUGGGAGACGACGACGAUUUGGGUCGCAUUCAAACAUUGGCCCUCGGCUGGGGCAAAGUCAAUUACGACGUGAGCAGCGGGAGCCCCAAUUUUUCGCCGAAUUUGAAACAAACGAAAUUGAAAGUUCUCUCCCAGUCGGAAUGCCAAGCUCAAUGGGGAGUCAAUUACAAUCACGACAUUCAACUCUGCACCUCUGCAUCGGAUACUCACGCUUACCUGGGCGACAGCGGCGGUCCGCUGCUGUGGCAGAAAUACGAAAAAAUCCCAGGCACUUUUCAGUUUAAUUGGGACAAAAUUUACGGAUACCAGGCCGGAAUCAUCAGCUACUCUAACGGCGGAAUCAUUUUCGGGAGGGUCGUUAAAUACGCCAACAACGACCGUUCGUCAUCUGCUGGCGACCAAGGCUCCGUCUUCACCCGAGUCCAAUCCUUCAUCAACAACGGAUGGAUCGCAUCCAACAUGAUCUAGGUGUGCCCAACCCCCCCUACCCUAUAAAAGUUAAGUUUAAUUGGCAUUAACUAUAUAGAUAAUGGGACAUUUGAGCGUGUGUGUAAUAAUGCUGGAUGUCAUUAAAAAGUCGAGCCGGUGGAGGGUGAAACAAAAAGUCUAUAAUCUUUUCCCCAUCCGGAAUCCGGAGCAAACAAAGACAAAGUUUUACGGGUCCGGCGUGUGUCUCUGUGUGUGUGUGUGUAAGAGGAUUUACAACUUUUGUUAUAUAUAUUCCGGCGGCUAUUUCAACUGGGCCGAUAAUAUCCGGCUCUCCA